UGUUUAUGACAUGUAUGAAAUAGGUUAAAAAUCAAAAGGAAUUAAUUUGAUUCUGGAAUAUUUUUGGAGGCAAGGAAGUAUAGGAGAAGGGGGAGAUUUUCUUGGGAGAGAGGGGGGAGUUAUAGGAAAAAGGAGGAGAUGGAGGAGGGCAACAAGGACAAGGAUCGUCACUUGCCCAUCGCCAACAUCGGCAAGAUCAUGAAGCGCGUGCUGCCGGACAACUCCAAGAUGACCAAGGACGCCAAGGAUCUCGUCCAAGAGUGCGUGUCCGAGUUCAUCUGCUUCGUCACCGGCAUCGCCGCCGACCGCUGCACCAAGGAGAAGCGCAAGACCAUCAAUGGCGACGACAUCCUCAAGGCGCUCCAGCAAUUAGGGUUCGCGGAGCACGCCGAGAUCGUUCGCGUCUACUUCGAGCGCAAGGCCGCGCAGGAAGCUGCCGCUGCCGCUGCCGCCGCCGCCGGUGGCAAGGCCGCUACUCGCUAGGAUUUCUUCUUUUGCUUUUCUUUCUAGGCGCUCUCCUCCUCCAUUGCAAGGAGCUCUUGUAACACACACACACACACUUUUUUGACACAUAUAUACAUUCUUCUGAUCAAAAGC